AUGUGGCUAAUUUGGAAGCAAACCAAAUGCCUUACGUAUAAAAACUUUCUUAUCAAGAGAAGGGAUAAAAAGCAAUUCCUUCAAGAAUUGCUAUAUCCAAUCUAUUUAAUUUGUAUCGUAGCAAUCAUACGAGCAUUUAUUAAACCAAGGCAUUAUCCAGUGAUUCAACAUUUUCCACAAUUUUCUAUGGGUAACGUUACACUACAAGUUAAUGAUAGUUAUAGCUUGCUUUAUGCUCCCAACGAUAAUCCCAAUAUUAUCAAGUUAAUAAAUCAUACCAAUGCAUUACUUGGUCUAAACAAUCCCCCUCUUGGGUUUGCUAAUGAUUCCGAAAUUGAACGAUAUUAUACGACUGGUUCCAAUCAUCAAUAUGUUUAUGCUGGCGUGAUCUUUGAUAGCUUUAGUCUUUCUAACAUCUCUUAUACACUGCGUAUGGCUGAUCACUUAGUUCCAUCAACAGCUGAGCUUGUUCUUACUGCAUCUUGUCGUUCUGAAUUAAACAAUACAAAUCCGUCAAAUGAUUGCCCUGCAAAUAGAUAUUUAUCUUCGGGCUUUGCCUUACUCCAAAAUGCAAUCGACACAUCGAUCACACAGAUCUACACUAAUCUUGGUGAGGAUCUCCCGCAAUCUAAAUUCUUAUUCCAACUUAUGCCUAAAGAACCUUUUAUUGGUGGUGUUAGUUACGUUCAAACAUUUGUAGCUAUUUACUGUGUGAUGGCAUAUGCGCCCUUUGUCAAUUUCUUAUUAGUGGGAAUGGUCACAGAGAAAGAGAAGAAAAUUAAGGAAGGAAUGAUGAUGAUGGGACUGCGGACUGCUGCCUUUUGGCUAUCGUGGUUUAUAACUUAUGCUUUAACUAUUUUAUUAUGCACUAUCUUCGUCACAGCUAUUGCUAUGGCAUCUUCCUUAUAUAUUACUAGUAACCCCUUUCUCAUCUUUAUGAUCAUCUUCUUAUAUGGACUAUCUAUCAUUACAUUCUCAUUUAUGUUAACGCCUUUCUUCAAUAAGGCAACUGUUGCUGCAGCGGUUGGUUCAAUGUCUUCCAUUGCUUUUGCAGGACUUUAUUUCUUAGUUACACAAUUACCAACGCCUCCUGUAGCUAAAUGGCUAAUGGCUUUACUUUCACCAGUUGCCUUGGCCCUAACUUUGAGUGAGGCAACUGUCUUAGAAACAACAAUUGGUGUUCAAUUUACCAACUUAAACGUUGGAAAGUUUCCAGUUGGUGGUGGUCUACUUAUGUUGAUCUUGGAUACAUUCUUAUACUUGCUAUUAGCCGUCUAUUUCGAUAUGGUUCUACCAAAGGAAUAUGGCCAGCAAUAUCAUCCGCUCUUUUUUCUUUUUCCCUCUUUCUGGAGGCAAAGUAAAGGUUCAGAUUCCAUUGAUGCUGCUGUAAAUACUCAAAAUGGCUUAAAUGAGGAUAUAGAAGAUACGGAUUUAUCUACUGAUUUCAAUGGUAACGGUAUUAGGAUUGCAGGGAUAACUAAGACUUUCAUCGAUAGAUCAUCCAAAGAACGGAAAGAGAUAAAAGCCGUCAAUAAUUUUAAUCUUGACAUCUAUGAAGGUCAAAUAACAGCACUACUGGGUCAUAAUGGCGCAGGAAAGACAACGUUAAUUGCGGCCCUUACUGGCUUGCUACCAACAACACAGGGAACUGCUUAUAUCUAUAAUUACGAUAUUAAUAAGCCGGAAGAUAUGAUGAAAAUACGUGAAAUAACAGGUGUAUGCCCUCAGCAGGAUAUUCUAUUUGAUACUUUGACGGUUCGAGAACAUUUAAAGGUUUUUGCUACUAUUAAAGGAAUAUCAAAUGAUCAAAUCGAUGCUGAAGUUGAUAAGACAUUAGAUGAUAUUUUAUUAACUGAGAAGGCUUCUACCCGAGCAACUAAUUUAAGUGGAGGCCAAAAACGAAAGCUUUGUGUUGGUAUCGCUAUCAUCGGUGAUCCUAAGGUCGUCUAUUUGGAUGAACCAACAAGUGGAAUGGAUCCGCUAUCCAGACGGCAGAUAUGGUCUCUAUUACAAAGUCGACGCCAAGGAAGAGUGACUUUAUUAACAACCCAUUUUAUGGAUGAAGCAGAUAUUCUAGCGGAUCGGAAAGCAAUCAUCUCAGCUGGUAAGCUUCGGUGCGCUGGAUCUUCACUCUUUCUAAAAAAUCGAUUUGGGAUAGGAUACCAUUUAGGAAUGAUAGCAAGCCCAGAUAGUCAAAUAAGCAAUAUUACACAGUUAGUUAAAUCUUAUAUUCCUCACGCAAGCCUAUGCAGACAUAACGCGGGAGAACUUUCUUAUUUACUUCCUUUAUCAGACGUAUUUCGAUUUUCAGAUCUAUUCCGCCAGUUGGAAAGUCCUGAUACCAAUAAUGAAGUUAAAACACGAGCUCAAGCUUAUGGAAUCACAAGCUACGGAAUAUCGAUGACCACGUUAGAAGAGGUUUUCUUAAAACUUAGAGAAGAUAAUUUAAAUACUGAUUUAACAUCCUUAACAAACAAUUCAAUACAAAAAGACGACCAGCAUUCAAAACUGGAAGCCAAUCAAUUUGAUUUUCAAUUAACUCGACGACUAUCUACUGGAGCCCUUGCUCGUCAACAAACUUUAUCCUUAUUAAAGAUUCGAUUGCUUAAUAAUUGUCGCGACCCGUUAUCUAUAUUUUUUCGCUUUUUCUUCCCACCCGUAUUUAUUAUCCUUGGCUUAGUCUUUGCUAAUAGUAUCGCUAGCAUAACAGAAAUUCAGCGUCAUCCACCAGCACUAAAAUUAACACCAGAACUUUACCUUAACUCCACAAAAACCAUUUCACAGCAACUCUAUUCUAAUUUAAUAUUAAAAAAUUCAACUAGUGGGUCUAUUAGCGACUUGUUGGCUUAUGUGCAUCAAAUGGGAAUUUAUUAUCGACUGAGCAAUUUAUCUGAUCAGUACCUACUUGAAGAUCGACCGCAUACGAUCGGCUAUGAUAUCAUACAAUUUCGAAAUACUUCUAAAUUUAAUGAUACUGCUGUUCAUAGCAUCCCUAUUGCAAUGAAUCUGAUUCAUCGUAUCAGAUUCAAGCAGGCUAUGUAUAUCCAUCGAGGUACGGUCGUCCAUGGAGAUGUCCUUUCCAUCUCUAGCAAACCAUUCCCUAAGCUUACUGUCAGUGGACAAUUUAACCAAGGAUCAUUUAGCUCACCAUUAUUGAUUGGAUUAGCAUUGAACGUUAUACCUGCGGGAUUUGGCAUCGAAGUUGUACGCGAUCGUAAGCAUAAUAUUCGCCAGCUGUUAAGAGCAUCGAGUGUGAGCAGUUUAGUCUAUUGGUUAUCCAUGUUCGCUAGCGAUUUUAUAUCAUUUCUAUGCCCCGUGAUCUUAAUGUUGAUUAUUAUUCCGAUCGUGAACGUACCGUCGUUAACUAUUCCUGCAGCAAUGGGAGCCCUCUAUUUAGCAACGAUAACUUACAUGUUUUCUAAUAUCGCAUUGGCUUAUGCAAUUUCUUUCAUGUUUUCAUCUGUGGAGACAUGCCAAUCUGUCUUGCCUAUUUUCUUUAACCUAGCAUUUCUAUUGCCAACUAUUUGCGUUUCGAUGCUAGAUAUGCUUACUCAGCCUGUUUACGGUUUGAUUUUUCAUUAUAUCUUUUUGAUCCUUAACCCUGCAUAUCCUAUUGGUGGAGCAGUUUAUUAUAUUAAUCAGAUAUAUAUGAAACAAAUUUAUUUGCCCCGAGAUCAACCGAUUCCAGCGGGCUCCUAUUUUAGCUUUUCUAGCCCUGUGCUAUACUGCAUUUUAAUGGUGAGUUAUGAAAUUAGAUAUCAGCAAUUACCAUCAUCAGCAUCGUCUAUCUGUGAAAUUGCAAGUUUAAAUAGCAAUAAAGCUUCCAUGUCCGAAGAUGAAGAUGUCAGAGAGGAAUGCCAUCGAAUAACUACAUCCAGUAGUAGUCAAGAUGUUUUGAGAGUUCAAAAUUUACGAAGAGAAUUUAUUAAAUAUUCUAAUAUGGAUCAGAGACAACCAGGAUUAUUUCAUCAAGAGUCAAGAAAAGUGGCUUCUGUAGAAGAUCUCUGUUUUGGUGUUGCACCUGGCGAAGUUUUUGGAUUGUUAGGACCAAAUGGAGCUGGAAAAACGACGACAUUGAAUCUAAUUACCGGUGAUAUGCCGGCUACACUAGGCAAUAUUUCCAUUGCUGGAUAUAACUUAAGAAAUGAAACUACCUUAGCGUUAAGAAAUUCCGGAUUUUGUCCUCAAAUGGAUGGGCUAUGGGAAAGGAUUACACUUACAGAACAUUUAACGACUUAUGCUGCCAUCAAGGGUGUUCCAAAAGAGUGUAUUCAAGAUGUUGUAAAUAGAUUUAUUGAUGGAAUGAAUAUUCAGGAACAUACUAAUAAGUAUUCUAAAAAUCUAUCUGGAGGAACAAAAAGGAAGUUAAGCUUUGGAAUGAGUGUCAUUGGUUGUCCUCGACUGCUACUUAUGGACGAACCCUCAACGGGUAUGGACCCAGGUGGUAAAAGAUUCUUAUGGCAAGUAUUUCCGCAACUUUCCAGUGUUAUUUCAAGUGAUACUGGAGCCGUUAUUACUACACAUUCUAUGGAGGAAGCCGAUGCUUUAUGCUCGCGCGUGGCUAUCAUGGUGCGGGGCCAAUUACGUUGCCUUGGUUCUACGCAACAUUUGAAAAACAAGCAUGGUGGUGGAUAUCACUUGGAAAUUAAAUACGCAUCGAAUGAAACAAAUGCACAUCAAGAAAGAGAUUCAUUCAAUAGAGUCAAUAAUUUCGUUAAAACAGUCUUUCCAAAUGCAGCCAUCACGGAACAUUUUUCUCACCGAAUUGUCUAUAAGAUUCCAUCAUCUAACGUGACUUCGUUGGCAAAUUCCUUUUCUUCAUUAGAAGCAGAUAAAACCAAAGUUGGGAUAGUUGAAUAUUCCUUCAGCCAGUCUAGUCUAGAACAGGUCUUUUUGGAAUUUGCUAAGAAGCAAGAAGAUAAAGAUGAAGUAUCAAGAUCUCGUACAGGAACCAGUAAUGAUAUUAUAGUUUAA